AUGUUCUUGUGGCUGCUCCUGGUGCUGAGCAUCUGUGCCCACCCCAGCACACACCAUGGUGUGUCCCCAGCUGUCCCCCCACGCCACGUGGACUCGCAGCUUGACAUCCUGGACGCUCUCGAGUCCCUGGCCUGGGGCAGCUCCCCCGGCACCGCUGUGGCCUUGGGGAGGGGGCUGGGGGUCUGCAGCACCCUGGGCUGCCGGGCAGUGCAUGAGCCUUUCGGGACCCCUGAACACCCCCCGGUUGUCACCUCGGGCCAUUGGCAGCUCCUGACCGAGCUCCUCUGGCACAACCUGGUGACAGCGGAGCUUGGGGCAGUGCUGGCCCCUGACGGCUCCGUGGUGGCCCUCAGUCCCCUCCUGGUCGGCAUCGAGGUGGGGCUGAGAUCUGGGGGGUUUGAGCGACCCCUCCCCACCCUGGACCUGCCCGCCGACCCCCUCUUGGCUGUCACCAUCGCCGAGGCUUUGGGGACAUCCUUCCUUCUGGCGCGGGGGGGUGACAACAACGCCACCGCACUGGGACCCGACGGCUGCUGGGAUGAUGUGGAGAACCCCCAAAAUCACACCUUGAGGGGUCCCCCAUCCCCUGUCCCCGACCCUGUGGCCAUCGGGGCCCUGGAUGGGGUGGUCCUGGGGGUGGCGGGCCGGGGACCCCUCCUGGUGGCUGAACAGCUCCGGGGCUACUACAGGACUGGGAAUGGCUCGGAAGUAGGGAGACCCCCCAGCAGUAACCGGCGCCGGGAUUUUGGGGCGCUGGUGGGACGGGAACGGCUGGAGAAGGAGGUGGCAGCGGUUUUGGGGCUGCUGAGGACGCUGUCGCCCAUCCCGGAGCUGCUGAGGGACGUGGGGACACAGGAGGUGGCGGCCGUGGCUCGUUGGGUGGCGCGGGAGUUCAGCGAGUGCUACGUGGAGUGCCCGGCCAUCGUGCCCCGCUGCCUGUGGGGGGCCCGUCCCUACCGGGGCACCCCGUCCCUGCUGCGGCCCCCGCUGGGCUCGGUGUUCCUGCACCACACCCUGGAGCCGGCGCGGCCCUGCCGGACCUUUGGCGCCUGCGCCCGCGCCAUGAGGGACAUGCAGCGCUUCCACCAGGACACCUGCAGCUGGGACGACAUCGGCUACAGUUUCGUGGUGGGCUCGGACGGGUACCUGUAUGAGGGCCAGGGGUGGCACUGGGUCGGUGCCCACAAAGGCUACAACACCCGAGGCUUCGGCGUUGGCAUCGUUGACGACUUCAUGGCCACCCUGCCGGACCCCGACACCCUGGCCCUGGUGUGGGACCAGCUCCUGCCCUGCACCGUCCACUCUGGCCAUGUCCAGCCGGACUUCACCCUGUGCAGCCACCGCCAGCUCGGCCACACUGACUGCCCCGGCAACGCCCUCUUCCAGGAGAUCCAGAGCUGCCCUGGCUUCCAGGGGACACCGGUGGCUCUGGGGCUCAGGUGAGGAGUGGCACUGGCUGGGCUGGGCUGGGCAGGACGGGGGCGGGAGAGGUUGGACACUGGUCUAGAUGGACACCAGCCCAGUGUGGAUGGACACUGGUCCAGCAGAUGUUGGUCUGAUGGAUCCCAGCUGGACCCUGGUCUGGAUGGACACUAAACCCAUGGAUCCCAGCUGGACUCUGCUCUGGAUGGUCCCUGGCCCUGCAGCCCCCCAGCCUGGCAAGCUCCCAGCCCAGAUGACCACCAGCUUGGUCACAUCCUGGCCCACCCCACUGGUCCAGCAGCCCAUCCCAGUAGCCCCAACCCUCCCCCCCCCAAAAUA